AAGUGCCCGGCACUCUGGGUAAUGGUGUGUUUACUUCCGGCGGCUGUGGCGCCCGUGACGGUCUCCCUCGGUGCCUUGGGGUGUCGGUGAGGAUGGCCCUGGAGACGGUGCCGAAGGACCUGCGGCACCUGCGGGCUUGUCUGCUGUGCUCGCUAGUCAAGACGAUAGACCAGUUUGAAUAUGAUGGGUGUGACAAUUGCGAAGCUUACCUGCAGAUGAAGGGCAACAGAGAGAUGGUGUACGACUGCACCAGCUCUUCAUUUGAUGGAAUCAUUGCGAUGAUGAGUCCAGAAGACAGCUGGGUCUCCAAGUGGCAGCGAGUCAGUAACUUUAAGCCGGGUGUAUAUGCUGUGUCGGUCACUGGUCGCCUGCCCCAAGGAAUUGUUCGGGAGCUGAAGAGUCGAGGAGUGGCCUACAAAUCCAGAGACACGGCAAUAAAGACCUAGCUAGGUGCAGCCCACAGUGUCUUGCUCUCUACUUCUGGCCUGUGCUGCUUUUCUUGUGGAACAAGACAGGCGGAACUCCCAAUACUCCCUGCCCUCGUCUCCGGACCAGCGGACUCACGUGAGGGCAGCACAUCCGGCCCUUGAGUCAUCUCACUUUCUCUGACGCCUGGUGAAGUGGGAGUGUCUGGGUUGGUGGAUUCUCAGAGACUGUAUGGAGGAGAGAGUAAGAUGCUGGGUUUCCUGCCUCUGUCCAAGGCUUUGCCUUUGUCCAUGGACAGGACUUCGGUUCAAAUACCAAUAAAAGGAACUUUUGGGAUGUACUUAAA